AUGAAUCCGAUGCGUAUUCUCCGUUAUGCAGGGUUCAUAAGCCUCGACUGUGGAUACAGAAACAAUACUCCCUACAACGACAGCAGCAUAGAAGGAAUACAGUACCAGUCCGACGCUGGAUUCGUGGAGGGCGGUUUGACCCACCAAAUAUCAUCAGUGUUCAUGGCUGAUGCCGCAUCUGAGAGCGAAACAACCUUGAGGAGCUUCCCCGACGGCUCAAGGAAUUGCUACACGCUGCCAUCCACCCCUGGUAAAAAGUUUCUGGUGAGGGCCAUGUUUACUUACGGCGACUACGAUGGGUUGAACAGGAGUAUGGACGGGUCGCUGUUCCUUUUUGGGCUCCAUAUCGGCGUCAAUUUCUGGGAUACGGUGAACUUAACAAAUUGGGAUCCAUCAAUUAUAGUCUGGAAGGAGGUGCUCACCGUUGCCCCGGGCGACUCCGUCUCAGUCUGUCUGGUAAACUUUGGUUCGGGGACUCCGUUCGUGUCUUCCUUGGAGCUGAGGCCACUGCUAGAUGCGAUGUACCCUUUUGUGAAUACAUCGGUAUCAGUCGGCCAAUUUGGACGAUUCAGAUUUGGUAAUGUCACUGACUUUAUCACAAGAUAUCCAGUGGACCCUUACGACCGGUUCUGGGCGGCCUCGUCUUUCCCCUACAACACCUACCCCUGGACCAACGUGGACACUAGCAAGCAAGUGGAGAUUCUCCCGGGCGACGACUACUUCAACGUGCCGAUGGCCAUCUUCCAGAAGGCCACCACCCUAGACACAAACUACUCCAUCAUGAGUCUCGACAUGGCAAAGGGUCAGAAUCUGGACCCCGAGAGCGUCCGCCUUCUCCCAAUCUUCCACUUUGCUGAAAUUAGUGAUAACAACCCGAACAGAAGCUUUGACAUCUACAACGCCAACGAUUUGCUGCACCGGGGCUUCUCCCCGUCGCGAUUACAGGCCAACAGCUUGUACGACAGCGGGCAGUUCUUGUAUAACGGCGACGCGAUCUACACCCUGAAUAAGACGCGCAGCUCGAUCCUGCCCCCACUCAUCAACGCGUUAGAGGUGUACUCGCUCGUUUGGAUGGAAAACUUCACUACCGAGCCCGAGGAUGUCAGUUACAUGAAAGAAGUCAAGAAAAACUACAAUUUGGCACGAACAAACUGGAAUGGAGAUCCAUGCUCUCCAAGAGAGUAUUCCUGGGAAGGUUUGACUUGCGACUACUCUAAGAGAAACCAGAAUCCGAGGAUUGUCGCAGUAGAUCUGUCUACCAGUGGACUGAAAGGUGGAUUAGUCAUAACUUUCAUGAACAUGGCAUCACUGGAGAACUUGGAUUUAUCACACAACAAUUUGACAGGGCCUAUUCCAGACUACCAAAUAAAGUCACUCAAAGUUCUCGAUUUGUCAUACAACCAGCUCGAUGGACCAAUCCCUAAUUCUAUUCUUCAAAGAUCUCAGGCUGGAAAGUCGGGAGACAGUGAGAAUUAUGCUAUGUAUGAAGAGGAAACACCCCUACAUAUUGAUAUCAGACGGUUCACGUACGCAGAGCUGAAGCAUAUAACAAACGACUUCCAUUCAAUCGUUGGAAAAGGAGGUUUUGGCACUGUUUAUCAUGGCACAAUGGAAAAUGGUGAUGAAGUAGCUGUUAAGGUGCUCAUGGAGACAUCAAUAGUAGAGUCAACAGACUUCCUUCCUGAGGUGCAAACCUUGUCCAAAGUUCAUCACAAGAAUCUCGUGACUCUACAAGGAUAUUGCCAGAACAAGAAGUGCCUAGCUCUCGUUUAUGACUUCAUGCACAGAGGAAAUCUUCAACAGCUUUUAAGAGAAGGAGAUGACUACAGUUUGAAUUGGGAACAACGGCUUCAUAUUGCACUUGAUUCAGCACAAGGACUGGAAUAUCUACAUGAGUCAUGCACCCCAUCAAUAGUUCACAGAGAUGUCAAGACUGCCAACAUCCUUCUGGACAAGAACCUGGUGGGGAUAAUAGCUGAUUUUGGGCUUUCGCGCGCUUUUAACGAUGCACACACACACAUAUCUACUGUUGCUGCUGGAACUCUUGGCUACCUUGAUCCCGAGUACCACGCAACUUUCCAGCUCACCAUCAAGACAGACGUUUACAGCUUUGGCAUCGUGCUCUUGGAGAUCAUCACUGGCAAGCCCCCGAUAUUGAUGGACCCUCACACCUACCACCUACCAAACUGGGUACGCCAAAAGAUUGCAAAAGGCAGUAUUCAAGAUAUCGUGGACAAGAGGCUGUUGGAUCAGAAUGACCCCAGUUCCCUGCAGGGUGUGGUGGACCUGGCCAUGAAAUGCGUAGAAAGUGCAGCCAUCGACAGGCCGAGCAUGACUGAGGUUGUUUCAAGGCUAAAAGUGUUGUUGCCAACAACUCUGAGCGAAAAACAGUAUGCUUCCGCCAUCACAGGAAUACAGUUCGAUCCUGACAGUGGAUUUGUUGAAGGUGGUUUAAACAAUAAAAUUUCAGCAGAGUUUAUGGUUGGUUCAGAUGAGCAACAGAAAACCCUGAGGAGCUUCCCCGAUGGCUCCCGGAAUUGCUAUACGCUGCCAUCCACCGCCGGCACCAAGUAUCUGCUGAGGGCCACAUUUACUUACGGCAACUACGAUGGGUUGAACAAAAGUCGGGACGGCUCGCUGUUUCUGUUUGGGCUCCAUAUCGGCGUCAAUAUCUGGGAGGCGGUGAACAUGACAAAUUGGGAUCCAUCACUCACGAUAUGGAAGGAGGUAAUCACCGUUGCUCCAGCCAACUCGGUGUCAGUUUGUCUGAUAAACUUCAGUUCAGGGACUCCAUUUGUGUCUGCUCUGGAGUUGAGGCCACUUGACGAUUUGAUGUACCCUUUUGUGAAUUCUUCGGUGUCAAUCAGCUACUUUAAACGGAUCAGAUUUGGUGAAACCACUGAAUUUAUCACAAGAUAUAAAUUGGACCCGUACGACCGGUUCUGGGAGGCCUGGUUGUUGACCACGUACCCUUGGAUCAGCUUAAACACUAGCGAUCGAGUGAGGAGGCUACCCGGGGACAACACCUUCCAGGUACCAGAGGGCAUCCUCCAGCAGGCCUCUACCCUAGACACGAACUUCUCCUUCCUCGAGAUCAACGUGACAGUGGGUCCCAACCUGGACGCCAAGAACCUGGAGCUUCUUCCCAUCUUCCAUUUUGCUGAGAUCAACAGCAGCAACCCGAGCAGGAGAUUUGAUAUCUACAGCGACAACGAAUUGCUAUUCCCAGACUUCUCGCCGUCCCGCUUCCAGGUGGACAGCAUGCACCAGAACGGGCGGUUCUUGCACAACCCUGCUGCGAUCUUCCGCCUGAACAGGACACGUAGAUCGAGGCUCCCACCGCUCAUCAAUGCGUUUGAGGUGUACUCACUCGUUCGGAUGGAUAACCUCACCACUGACUCCAACGAUGUCAAUUACAUGAAAGAAGUCAAGAAACACUACAAUUUGGCACGAAUAAACUGGAACGGAGAUCCAUGCUCCCCAAGAGAGUAUUCCUGGGAAGGUUUAACUUGCGACUACUCUAAGAGCAACCAGAAUCCGAGGAUUGUCGCAGUAAAUCUGUCUACCAGCGGACUGAAAGGUGGAUUGGUCAUAUCAUUCAUGAACAUGGUAUCACUGGAAAACUUGGAUUUAUCACACAACAAUUUGACAGGAGCUAUUCCAGACUACCAAAUAAAGUCACUCAAAGUUCUCGAUUUGUCAUAUAACCAGCUUGAUGGGCCAAUCCCGGAUUCUAUUCUUCAAAGAUCUCACGCUGGGAAGUCAGGAGACGAUGAAGAUUAUGCUAUGUAUGAAGAGGAAACUCCCCUACAUAUUGAUAUCAGACGGUUCACAUACGCAGAGCUGAAACUCAUAACUAACAACUUUCAAUCAAUCAUCGGAAAAGGAGGUUUUGGUAUUGUUUAUCAUGGCACACUGGAAAAUGGUGAUGAGGUAGCUGUCAAGGUGCUUAUGGAGACAUCAAUAGCAGAGUCAACAGACUUCCUCCCUGAGCGACUUUAUAUUGCCCUUGAUGCUGCACAAGGACUGGAGUAUCUACACGAAUCAUGCACCCCAUCAAUAGUACACAGAGAUGUGAAGACCCCAAACAUCCUUCUGGACAAGAAUCUGGUGGGGGUAAUAUCUGAUUUUGGGCUUUCACGGGCUUUUAAUGAUGCUCACACACACAUAUCUACUGUUGCUGCUGGCACACUUGGCUACCUCGACCCUGAGUACCAUGCAACUUUCCAACUCACUGUCAAGACAGACGUUUACAGCUUCGGAAUCGUGCUCUUGGAGAUCAUCACCGGCCAAUCCCCAGUAUUCAUGGACCCUCAAACCGUCCACCUACCGAAUUGGGUGCGGCAAAAGAUAGCUAAAGGCAGCAUUCAUGAUGUCGUAGACAGGAGGCUGCUGGAUCAGUAUGAUGUCAGUUCCCUGCAGGGUGCGGUGGACCUUGCCCUGAACUGCGUCGAAAACGCAGCCAUCGACAGGCCCACCAUGACAGAGGUUGUUUCAAGGCUCAAAACGUGGUUGCCGGCGGUUUCAACCGACAAGCAGUCUACUUCCGGGACCCCUCGACGCAAGUACUCCAUGAAUACCGAAAUGCCAAAGCAGUUCCAGUCGAUGAUUUCAGGAGUAAGCAACGCGGAGAGUUCCUUCCAGUCUUCUGGCUAUACCGAUGGGAAUGGGAUGUCACAAGCAACCAUCUUUUCUGGACGGUGA